AUGGGUGAAUUAAAUAAAAAUCACAGUAAAGAGUGGGAUUCAGGAAAAAGUCUCAGAGAACCUAUAAAAACUUUAGAGGACAAAUGGAAGCUUGUGCCGUCAUUUCUACAAGUGAAAGGGCUUGUUAAACAGCAUAUUGAUUCAUUUAAUUACUUUAUAAAUGUAGAAAUAAAAAAAAUUGUUCAAGCAAAUGAAAAAGUGUUCUGUGAUUCCGAUCCAUUGUUCUACAUAAAGUAUUUGAACGCAUAUGUCGGAACACCAGAUCUAGAAGAAGGAUUUAAUGUGACUAAACCAACAACACCUCAUGAAUGUCGACUGAGAGACAUGACUUAUUCUGCACCAAUCACUGUUGACAUAGAAUAUAUAAGGGGCAAUCAAAGAGUCAUUAAAAAUAAACAAUUAAUUGGAAGAAUGCCUUUAAUGCUGAGAUCCUCAAAUUGUGUUUUAACUAAUAAAUCAGAUUUUGAGUUAGCACAAUUAAAUGAAUGUCCACAUGAUCCCGGUGGUUAUUUUAUUAUAAGAGGCCAAGAGAAAGUAAUUUUAAUUCAAGAACAACUCUCUAGAAAUAGAAUGAUUGUUGAUGAAUUUAAAGGUGCUAUCCAGUGUCAAGUAACAAGUUCAACACAUGAAAAGAAAACUAGGACUAUAGUUAUUGUUAAAAAUGGGAAAUAUGUUUUGAGGCACAAUGCUUUAUCUGAUGAUAUACCAAUAUGUGUAGUGUUUAAGGCAAUGGGUAUAUGUAGUGACCAAGAAAUAAUGCAAUUAGUGGGUACAGAUGAUGCAAUUGCAAAAAAAAUGGCACCCUGCAUCAUGGACUGCCAUAAUUUAAAAGUUUUCACACCAAAUCAGGCGCUUGCUUAUAUUGGUAGCAAACUAAAAGUUAAGAGGUUCCAAUCAGCAACUUCUAAAUUUCGAACUCCGGUGGAUGAAGCAAGAGAUCUGAUAGCAACAACAAUUUUAGCACAUGUGGUAGUAGAAAAUUAUAAUUUCUAUGUGAAAGCUAUUUACUUGGCUAUGAUGGUGAAAAGGGUCAUAGAAGCUGAGACAAACAAAGCGGCUAUAGAUGACCCAGACUAUUAUGGAAAUAAGAGGUUGGAAUUGGCAGGGUCACUUUUGGCGCUUAUGUUUGAAGAUCUGUUCAAAAGAUUUAACUGGGAAUUGAAAUCUAUAGCUGAUAAAAUAAUACCACGAGUUAAAGCAGCACCGUUUGAUGUAGUUAAGCAUAUGAGACCUGAUUUAAUUGCUAAUGGUUUAUUUGUAGCUAUUUCCAGUGGAAAUUGGACUAUCAAGAGAUUCAAAAUGGAACGUCAUGGCGUCACCCAAGUAUUGAGUCGUCUGAGUUAUAUUUCGGCUCUCGGUAUGAUGACGAGAGUUAAUUCACAGUUUGAAAAGACUAGGAAGGUUUCUGGGCCUAGAUCGCUGCAACCGUCACAGUGGGGAAUGCUCUGUCCUUCUGACACCCCUGAGGGAGAAGCUUGUGGCUUAGUGAAAAAUCUGGCUUUAAUGACGCAUAUUACAACAGAAUGUUCCGAAGGUCCGAUAUCAAGGCUAGCUUGUAAUGCCGGGGUUGAAGACGUUAGACUAUUAGGAGGCGAAGAAAUAAACCAUCCAGCUGUAUAUAUGGUCUUUUUAAAUGGUAACAUUUUAGGCGUCACAAGAGAAUAUAAGAAACUUAUAAAAAUCUUCAGGAUGUUUAGAAGACGAGGUCUCAUAUCUGCGUUUGUGUCAAUAUAUCCUAAUCACAAUCAAAGAACGGUGUACAUAUGCAGUGAUGGUGGUAGACUCUGCCGUCCGUAUAUAAUAGUUGAGAAGGGUUUGCCAUUGGUCCAACAGCAUCACAUAAAUGAACUCAACAGGGGUAUACGAAAGUUUCAAGAUUUUCUUAACGAUGGUCUCAUAGAAUAUUUGGACGUGAACGAAGAAAAUGACAGUCAUAUAGCGACUGUUGAGACCGAGAUAGAUCCGUACGUGACAACGCAUCUGGAGAUAGAACCGUUCACUAUACUUGGAGUGUGUGCGGGUCUUGUGCCUUAUCCGCAUCAUAAUCAAAGCCCCAGAAACACAUACCAAUGUGCUAUGGGCAAACAGGCUAUGGGUACAAUUGGCUAUAAUCAGAAGAAUAGAAUAGACACGCUUAUGUAUAAUUUAGUAUACCCGCAGUGUCCAAUGGUUAAAACGAGGACUAUAGAAUUGACAAAUUUCGAUAAGCUGCCGGCCGGACAGAACGCUACUGUAGCUGUAAUGAGUUACAGUGGCUAUGAUAUAGAAGAUGCUUUAAUUUUGAACAGAGCAUCGAUAGACCGUGGUUACGGACGUUGUUUGGUUUACAAAAGUGCCAAAACAAUUAUGAAGCGAUACAGCAAUCAGACGUCGGACAGAAUUCUAGGACCAUCAAGAGACGCUAACACGGGAAAAAUUAUUAAAGCUCACGAAGUUCUAGAUUCAGAUGGUAUAGCAGCUCCAGGCGAAAUGGUUGAGAACCGUCAAGUUUUGAUAAACAAACAAAUGCCUCCCGCCAACCUCAAUCCUAUAAAUCAAGGUCAACCGCAACAAAUAGAUUAUAAAGACGUACCGAUAACAUACAAAGGGCCAGUCGAGUCUUACAUAGAGAAAGUCAUGGUGUCUUCCAACUCUGAAGACGCUUUUCUAAUAAAAAUAUUACUGAGGCAGACUAGAAUACCUGAGAUUGGAGAUAAAUUUAGUUCUAGGCAUGGACAGAAAGGAGUGACUGGUUUGAUAGUUCAACAGGAAGACAUGCCGUUCAACGAUAGAGGAAUAUGUCCCGAUAUGAUUAUGAAUCCACAUGGUUUUCCCUCUAGAAUGACGGUGGGAAAAACUAUAGAGCUAUUGGCGGGAAAAGCCGGACUGAUGGAGGGAAAAUUUCACUACGGCACAGCAUUCGGUGGGUCGAAAGUUCGCGAUGUAUGUAAAGAGUUGGAAAAGCAUGGAUAUAACUACCACGGAAAGGAUAUAUUCUACUCUGGUAUAACAGGAGAACCUUUGGAGGCGUAUAUAUAUUCCGGGCCAGUUUACUAUCAGAAGUUGAAGCAUAUGGUUCAAGACAAAAUGCACGCUCGGGCUAGAGGACCGAGAGCUGUACUGACGAGACAACCCACUGAAGGAAGGUCGAGGGAUGGAGGACUACGACUUGGGGAGAUGGAACGAGAUUGCCUUAUUGGAUAUGGCGCCAGUAUGUUGUUAAUGGAACGUCUCAUGUUAGCGUCUGACGCGUUCAGUGCGGACAUUUGCAGCACGUGCGGCAGGCUCGCGUCCCGCGCGUGGUGUCACGCCUGCCGCUCCUCAGCCGUUUCAGCGGUUGAAAUGCCUUACGCUUGCAAGCUGCUGUUUCAAGAACUAGCCUCCAUGAACAUAGUCCCAAGGCUGAAAUUGAAGAAGUACUCGUGA